UCCCUCGCACAUGACAGUGCCAUUCACCUCCACGCGCGAACCAUUGUAGUCACACGCGAAUAUGUCCAUUAGUUAAACACCACAACCCAACCCCAUGGCUACUCCUGUAGAUGAAUGCAAAUACAGGUCACACCGAGAUCUUCAGACAUUCCCCCUCGCCUUUGGAGCCUAAGCAGAAGCCCCGCCGUUGCCUGAGCUUCUGCUGGGCCGGCCUUGUCCACCCAACAUAAUCAUGAUGGCCUCAAACUUACUAUCUAGGCUUCUUCCUACAGCCUCCGACGAGCGUUUUCCGUCUAACGACCCCGACUCCCACCAUCGCCGCGGUUCAUCCUCGACUGACGAAAGGCACGACAUGGAUAUAGACGAGGAGAACUUCGAGGCGCGUUUCGAGGCUCAAGACCUUGAGAAUCUACUCGCGGACGCCUCCGCAAGCCAGAUGACCACGGAAAGCACCGCGUUCUUACCUCCGGGAAACAACAACCGUACUGGUCGUGCACCGUCGAAUAUAAACAAUCUUAACAAACCUUCAUCUUGGAGACAUACGGGUCCUCCAGCCACUACUCCUAUGUACGACGAUGAAGACGUCCCAGAGUCUCUUCUCCUCGAAGGGGGGCAAGAGACCCAUACACUAUCCUCAAAUACCCAGCGCCACCCUACAAGUGGCCUUCCACCUCCCGUUCCCGGCCCUACAACAGAGCAGACCCAAGCGCAGUGGGAUGCUACACGGCGGCAACAGCGAUUACAUGACGAAGAACAAGGAGCAGUGCCGGUUCCUCGAUGGAGGCCUUCCCAACGACCAGUUCGAGGUAUUGGACUUCAUGUAGACCCUAAGGAAAGAGCACUGUGGCGAUGGGUCAACGUCUCGGAUCUGGAUACCUUUCUUGUAGAGGUGUACGAAUACUAUGAUAACAAAGGGAUCUAUUCGAUUUUAUUACGAAGAUUCUUGAGACUUCUGCAGACUGCAUUCGUAGUAUCCUUUAUCACGUUCUUAACCUGGUGUAUCGACUACUCUGUGUUGAAACAGAGUCAUAAACUCAGCGAGGUACUGGUGCCCAAGUGCACCAAAAAGAUACAUGGGUUUUGGAUCUUCGCGCUUUGGAUGCUUAUUAUGUAUUGGCUGUGGUCUUUUGUACAGCUUGCCAUGGAAACUCCACGUCUACGGGCGAUGCACGACUUCUACCACUAUCUUUUGGAUAUCCCUGAUCGUGAUAUUCAAACAGUGCAAUGGCAAUUGGUCGUUGCUCGUAUCAUGGCACUCAGGGACCUGAAUCUCGCCACAGCUUCGAACCUCUCACCAGAGAGCCGAAAAUUGUUAGACCACAAGAGCCGACAACGAUUGGAUGCUGUCGAUAUUGCCAGCAGAUUGAUGCGUCGAGAUAACUACAUGAUUGCGCUCUUCAACAAGGACAUAAUCGAUGUCACAAUUCCUAUCCCUUUCCUCGGCGAUCGGUACAUCUUCUCUGAGACUACUAAAUGGCAUGUUCAAUUGGCUAUCAUGGACUAUGUCUUUAGUGGACCAAACGGCACUUUCAAUCAGGAUUUCCUGAAAGAGCGAAAUCGUAGGGAACUCGUCAGACGACUACAAUCGCGCUUUCUCGGUGUGGGUAUAAUCAGUGUAGCAUGCGCACCUUUCACCGUAUCUUUCGUAUUGGUUUCAUACCUCUUCAAAUAUUUCACCGAAUACCACAAAGAUCCAUCCCAGCUCAAUAAUCGAGAUUUUACAGAGCUGGCAAAAUGGAAGUUUCGUGAAUUCAACGAACUGCCACACAUCUUCAAGCAACGUUUGAACAUGGCCUACCCUUAUGCCAACCUCUACCUUGCUCAAUUUCCAAAGGACAAGACUGAGCAAGUCUCGGCGUUUGUGGCAUUCAUCUCGGGCGCAUUCGCAUUUGUUCUCGUGGCUUUUACUCUUUUGGACUCGGAGAUGUUCCUCAGCUUCGAAAUCACACCUGGCAAAACCGCCAUCUUUUGGCUCGGCAUUCUCACUGCAAUCUAUAGGAUUGCUCGCAACAGCAGUCCUCAGGAAGACCAAGUUGCCGACCCAACAUAUUACUUGCAACAUGUCAACUCUCAUACCCGAUACGAGCCUGAGCAGUGGAAAGAACGCUUACAUACUGACCAAGUCCGGGCAGAAUUUUCACACCUUUAUCAACCAAAGGUCUUGAUCUUCGCCGAGGAAAUUCUUAGUAUGCUCGUUACACCCUUUUUGCUCAUUUUCCGAUUGCCGCAAUGCAGUGAGCGCAUCGUUGACUUCUUCCGCGAAUUCUCCAUUGUGGUAGACGGUCUCGGUGUUGUGUGUUCACACUCUAUGUUUCCGUUCAAGAAGGGACGAGAAGAAGGUCCUGGCAACAGGAGAAGUAACCGCCCAGACGAGCCGGAUCUUCGAGAAGACUACUUCAAGACGAAGGAUGACAAGAUGCUAAAGUCUUAUUAUGGGUUUUUGGACACAUACGCAAUGGAUGGCCGCCGUCAAGGUCCAAGAAACUUCCAUCCACCUCCACAGUUUCCAAACAAUUUUGGCAAUAUGUCACAAACUGCGGGCCCAUUUGACCACAACGGCGUCGGAAAUAGUAGAAUACCGGCUGGCCGGCAGUCGAUACAUCAUGGAACUCCCAUCCAUGGACCAACAACCGGUCGAGAUGUGCCGAUUGGCUCUAUACUUCUCGACCCACACCAUCAGCCGUCCGCAUCAACCUUCCGAAACUCCCCCAGACAGGCUCCAACAGCAAGGUACCGAUCAUCUUUGCAGCCCCUUUCUGACCGCCACGCCGGCGACUUGGCACAAUCACGACAACGCGGUCGCAUCGAAGAAGAAAGUACGAUCGGUGAUUCAUGGCGGACAAGUCGUCUUGCGCAGGAUGAUGACGAAGAGGAGGAAGCGACUGGCAAUACUAGAGGAGGCGUAUUGCAGCUUCUGCGCCAGUUUUCCCAAGCUCAAACCGAAGGCAAGGCUGCCGGGGUGGGAAUCUAAUCUUUCAGCAUAGCAUGGGCUUCUGGCGUUCGGGACGAUAUCCAGGAAAUAUCAGCCUCACGGGUCGUUUUUUGGUGUAUUCAUGUUUUACUUUAUGGGCAAUAUGGAUGUCUCGCAGGAGCUGGGUUUCACAUUUCUACUUACACACACAUGCUACUGUAGCAAGCAUUCGAAGAUUAGAAUAAACACAUCAUCGCAUUCCA